CAAGAGAACUCUGUUCCGCACAGUCGGUGUUGGACUCGCCCUUCCUUCAGAAACUCCACUGUAAGUGCAAGCGUGUUUCUACAUCCCCUACUCUAUUAACUUCCCCUAACUUAAUCACUCGAACUUACAACGAAUGCAGCAGCCGACGCUCAGGUGAUAUUUGUACUCGUAUCUAACUACUACUCGUAAUUUAUUAAUUUAUCCGAUCCUCGACGACGCCCUCUUAGUAGAAUUUCCUCAAUAUUUUCUUGUCAUCGAUUUAUGUACUUAAACCUUGAGUGGAAGGAGCCCUUAUUAUAAAGCAGCCGUCCCAAUCAGCCACUUACUAUACUAUAUCUGUUAUGAUAAUAAUAAUAUGAUAUGGGUGGCAAACAGUUCUCAAACUCAAUGUAAGCUGGCUUUUUGCACCGCUUCAAUCGAGCAUUCCCACGCCCACUGACACUUUAUGAGGGAAUGCUCCUCUGGAGCCGUUCAAUUCACGCGAUUCAAUUCAUAUUCUAAAGCUCAAUUUUAGUGUACCUCUAAGUUAAUAUUAAUCAUUGAACAAUAAACUCAAAUUGACCUAAAUCUCUGAGAUUGAUUGACACUACCGGUUGGGGUUAGAAAAUAUAAUAAAGUGAAAUACAAAUGGAGUUUCAGUAUCAAUUCAAUUUCGGUAUUGAAAAGACUCAUUCAUUUUCAUCCAAUGGCUAUAAUCUCACUUUUAAUUUAUAAUUUACUCAUGGGUCUGACCAUGGGCUCCCUGAAUUGCCCCACUGGAAAAUCGAAUCCCCUGCAGUUUCACCUGGUUCGUCAGUGUCAAAGAGCAGCGGCUGAUGAAGCACUGGCCCUGGAAAAUACAUCCUCUCUAGAGGAUUGCGUUAGUCUGGCUCAUGAAAAGCGGGGCCUGGCCUUGAACUACGCCCCAGGAGGAGCAAAAAGGAGGAAAAACAUAUACGAUCAGAGGUUCUUUGGCAAGGAGAAUCAUAAGCAGCAGCAUUUACGAAGUCGUUUGAGUGUGUUCGAGCAGCCAGGGGAGUUUUUUAACUGCCAUGUGCUGCAGUGUCCUCAGAACAAUACGUUUUCCGGGAUGGUCAACGACAGUCGCUUCGAUUACUACAGUCUAUAUGGCAGGCCAACAGCUAUUCGGAACUACAGCUGCGUACCGGAGGUGGGUCUCUUUGUGGUGUAUACCCAGCCCAGUGUCUACUUGAAUGCCUCUUUGGCCUGCUCCAACUCCUCGGAGUUCACUGGCAGUCUGGCCCACAUAGCCUCCGAGUACAGAACCACCUCCUUGGCCCAGUGGUUACUGGAGUUCAACCGAAAGUCGCAGCCUCGAGGAGAGUCGAAUGUGUUCCUGGCCUAUGUGGGAUUGGUGUACAACAGCUCCACUUCCCUGAGUCGUUUGGAUUUCAGGAACUCUCAGCGGGAAAGCCUGCAGUGCUUUCUCUACAGGGCCUGGGAUGCAGGUCAUCCUCGUUUCGGCCGGGAGCUGAGCAAUGCCAGCUGCGUGGCCCUGACGCCGCAGGGAACCUGGCAAACGCUCAACUGCGACCGGGAGCUGCCCUACAUCUGCGAAAUCCACACGGCCAGGCCGACUGGCACCUGGGAGAACUCCGAUUCCGAGCUGGACAUUGGCCCAAAUGCAGUCUUCGAGUGCAACGAUUGAUUCGAUUCUAGGGCAGCAUGGAUAUUCGCAGCCGUUUUAUUCACUUAAGCAGUUUUCAAAACACAAAAGCCCAAUAUAGAUAAGAGUUUAUACGGUGUUUGCCCGCCGCCACUCGCC